AUGUCAACCAACAGCAGGAAUGAAGCCGCCCCGUCGUCGGCAAGGCAUAGCGGCAGCAACAACAUCGGUCCAACCUCCGAGCCAAUAGCCACGCAGAAUCAUGCCCCCGGUGGUGGCAGCGGCAGCGAUAAAGGCAGCGGCGAGAGAAGUGCUAGCAGCGACGAACCUUACAUUUUCGACGUGACAUUCCCGCCGACAGGUCCACUCGGUAUCACCUUCGAGUGGGCGGUAGAUCGUACAGCGGUCGUACACCCCGCUCUUCCUCCUACCAGUCAAACGCUAGACGACGAUGAGGAUGAUACCAGCCGACGCCAGGCGGGUCAAGACAGCGCGGGCAUAUUAGGUUCGCCUUCUGUAGGAUGUAAACAGCGAGAGCCCCCUGAUGUGGCCGUAGUGACCGCACGAGCUACCGUUCUCGGUUCCUCGACCCUGCCUCCAAUUACAUCCUCCCCAUCAUCGGCGCCAAAGGAAAAUGCCGCCCGUCCGGCGGAUGCCCCGUCGGCGCCAGUAUCGAUACCUCAUGCUUUACGAAUUCAAAGAUUCCCUCUGCUACCACCGCAGGAGACAACUAGUUCUCGUUUUGCUUGGGCUCGAGGCACCACCACAGAAACAGGCCACGACACAGUUCCCCACAGUGGUGAACGCCAGCCCCUUGCUGCAACUGGUGAGAGUGGUGAAGAACUCUUUCGAGAUGGACUCGGUCUCCCUAGCGGGAGGCGACUUCCACAAGAACACGAUCGGACGAAGAGCGGUCUUCCCUCGACAGAUACCAGCAACGGUGUCGUCAAUGGGUCUUUGUUGGACAAGAGCCAUAGCAUGCCGGCGGAGACAAACCUCAAUGGAACAACGAGAGAAACGGCGGAGCGCCAGGGCGGCGCUGAAGUAUUCGGGCCGGCAGCGGGGCGCGAGAUCCUUCGUCCCGGCGACAUUCUGGUUGAGGUGAACGGGAUGCCGGUAGCUGGGGCCGCCGCGCGCGACGCCGGCAUCGUGUCUUUCGAAGACGCGGUCGGGGUAGUAGCGGCCGCCACAGCGGCAAGAUCGCCAGCACCCGAGGCGCAUGGGCAACAACGGGACGCUGCGGCAAGGCAGCGACCUCUAGUGCUGAAGUUCAGGCGGGAAGGACGGGGACAGCGACCAUCCUCUGCAUCUGAUACUCUUCUCCUGCCCUCGCCAAGAUAUCCUUCGAAAGGAGGAUGGGUCAACGGCAUUCCUGGGGGGGGUUCAGCAGGGUCAAGGUCGUCGUCAGGGACGGUGACCGAGCAAGACACUACGGACUCAUCUUCGCGGUCGGCGCGCGGCUUGGAGACUAAAAUCUGCGAUCCGGCAGAUCCUUCUGAAUCUAUGUCAUCGUCGUCCCGUUCAAGCAGGUCACCCCUUCACCCAGUGCCCCAAGUCAAAGGGGUGGGUCAAGUCCCCCACAUGGCGGCCGGUGACCCCGGCGACAAGAACACGCCAGGGGGUUGGAUUGGGGAAAUGGGUAGGGGCGAAAUACCACUCGCUUCGUCGCGAUCGAGAGCUUCAGGCGCGAGUUCCGUGGACAUGGACGGGUUGUCGGCAUUGUCAUCCCUGCGAUCGAGAAGCUCGGCUAGGUCGAAAGGAUCGGAAUCCAGUUUUAAUAGUCGCGCAACCAGUAAAACGGGUGGAGUACCGCGGAGCAGAAAGCGCGGCGGGAAGGAGAGGCAGGCGGGGGGCAGAAGCGGCGUGUUUCAAUCGACAUCUACAGCAGAGCGUAUCAAGGCGGAGGCGAGGUACCAACAGCGACGACUUCUCGGGGGUGCCCGACACAUGCACCGGGGAGCCGUGUUCGACCCUCGCACCAAGCGUUGGGAGGCGUCCGUGUACAUGCUCGGAGACAGGCCUUCCGACGGAAAGCUGGUGCCAAUUCUUACGCCCAUCAAGUCCGUCGGGACAACGGUUUUAACGAAGGGCCAGGCACUCGCCCUCGCAGCCAAAUCGGCGAAAGAGAGGGACGCGAACCCUGGCGCCGUACGAGGGCCGAAACCUCCGAUGAUGACGCAACUCACGAUGCUGGAGACCCACAUAUCGAUCUUGGUUGUCAGCGACGCGUUCACGGGGCUGUCGCACGCUGACCGCCUCGCUCUCGUCUUCACGACUCUUCACAACGAGCUCGCUGCCUCCGCCCACCCACCCCCUUCUCUUCCUGACGUGAGGACCAACGCCUUCUCGUCCCCACUUCCUUUUUCAAACACACCACCCUCAUCACUCCUGCCCCAAGCAACCAAAGCCAAGAAAACACCAACAGCGCUGGCGCCCGAUGCGGUGGAGGAGGGCAGGGGCGACCACAGCGUUGCCGACGGAACCGAUGGCCGACCGAAUGCAAGAAGGGGUGUAUCUGUGCAGAGCCCAGGACAUCAUGAUGAAAGCAAUAGGGCGGGGGCAGGUCGACCCCACGGCGUAGCAGUAGGCACGGGGGAAAAAAGCGAGAGAGUAGUGGCGGCGGGUGGGGAGAGACAAGCUGGCGAGGAAGAAGGAUCGAGCGGUGGUGGAGGGAUAGAAGAGGGGGGGCGAAACGAUGUAUCGAACGGCCGCGGGCUCCCCGUUGGGACGGCAUCGCUCUCGAGUGUUCAUCCCGUCAUCCCCACCGGCGGCAUCAACAGCCAGGAAGAGCGCGGGAAGGACGGCGAUCAACGGCAGCGGCGGCGUCAUCGAGUCAUCCGAGGAAACGUGAAGGCCAGCUUCGUGGGGCCGAACGUGGAAGGGCUGCCCGUGUGGGGAGCGCUAGACGCGAUAGCCGGUUCUUCGCUGCUGGUAGACUGCAGGACUCCGGCGCAGUGGCGAGCCGAAACCUAUCCUCCAACGGAGCAGGAGCUGUGGGGGGCAGCGAGGUCUGGGCACCGGACCCUCGCCAACCACCCCCGUGUCAAGGAGGGCAUUGUGAAGAGCACCAUGGAGAGGAUAAUCGCAGAGAGCAAGGUGUUGAGAGAAGCGGCACCAAAGUUCGAGCACUUCGACCGCUUCGGCGAGUCGAAUGGAGACGCAGAUCAAACCAAGGGAAACCCCCCGCCGCCGACAACGAGCGGGGGGCAAAGUGAUGGUGCCGGUCAUCAACCAAACACGAACCCCGCCGUUGCCGCCCCCGCCGCCACCAAAGCUGGCCGCACGCACCCCCACUUCUUCCACGGCCUGGGCCCCAACGCCCGCAAGCUUUUCAUGGAGCUUUACACAGAGAAUCGCUCUCGCCUCCUCGCCCCUAUUUCAAGAAGGAGCGCCGACGUAGCCGGACCUGUCGCCUCCUCAGGGCGCCAUCUCCCCGUAGCGCCGGCCCCACCCGACUGCACGUCUCUCCCAAGCCCUACCACCGCACGGAACGGCUCACAACUAUCAAUAUCCUGGCAGCAGCAGCAGCAGCAGCAGCAGCAGCAGCACGAGAAGACUCCUCCGCGGGAAAAGGUAAAAUCCCCCCGAUCUGUCUCUGGCUCCUUUGCCGCCGUCGGCGGCGGUGGCGGCGGCAGUGCAGCAGCAGAUACCGUACGCCACGCUGCCAGCGCGUUCGCGGCGUCCGGUCCGCCGCCCGAUCUAGACGCCGGUGUCUUGGACCGCUACGGGGUCCUUCUGGGGCGGCUCGUCGAGGCGGCGACGAGGAUCCAGCGAGUGCGGAGGCUUGGUGGCCUGCCUCGCGCAGCCCGGCGCCUGCGGCGGCGCCAGCGGGCGGUGCUCGCGGUGCAGCGGGUUUUCCGAGGUCAUCUCGGGCGAAGGUAUGCCUCCAUGUGGAAAGUUGUCGCCGUCCUGGCGGCAACGAGGUUGUCUGCCGGUUGGCGUCGAUUCUCGGCCCAGAGAAAAUUCUUGGCUUUCCGUGCGCGGGCCCGCGCCGGGGCCAUUGGCCUACAGGUAGGGACGUUGGUUUCUUGCCAAGCGAGAUGCGCGUGGUCCAUCGGCGAAGCCCGCGCCUUCGAACUCUGCGGCCUACCGGCUAUCUUGCUGAUUCAGAGGAGCAUCAGAGGUUUCCUGGUCCGAAAAGCGUGUACAAGGCGGUUCCAGGAGGCUGUGAGAGUGAAGGUCAUCGUGCCGUCGGCCGGGGUUUUGCAAAAGUGCUGGAGGGGGAAGAAGGGGCGGGAGGAGGGGGCCCUUCGGAGGCGAAUGUGGGCUGCCGCUAUAGAGAUUCAGGUCGGCCGAGGGUACAUCGACCGGGAGUUGGUCAAGGCUCGAAGAGCUCAGCGUCAUUUCUUGCACACAAUCACGCCUGCCUGUGUCCUGAUUCAGAGCCAGUGGAGGGGGUACACGAGGCGAAGAGAUCUCGCCAAGUGGGUUGUCUGUUUUUCAUCAGAUGGACGCGCUCGUGCAACAGACCAAAAUGAUGUACGGCACUCAGAGUAUUCCCCCCCACAUAUCAAAGGCACAAACAACGCUGGCUAG